UGCAUCCCCUCCCUCGCCGCCCUCGGCCUGCCUCCCCCCGCGUUAUGUCCAUCUUCUUGUCUUCCUGUUUUUUUUAGAUCCCACCAAAGCUCGGCCUGCCCUCCCUCGCUGCUGGACAGCCCGGCUGGUCGAUAAAGGAUGAAGACUGUCUGUACCAUUUUGAUUACCUCUUCUAGGGUUCAAAGAGAAUCAUUUCCCCUGACCUCCAUUUGCUAAUGGCUCAGCUUGAUCUAACUGGCACACAGAUAAACGUGCUGUUAAACAAAAGUUACAGUAGCAGGCACCACCUCAGUGCCCCAGGCUCCUCUGCCGUGGGUGGCUCUCUGUGACAGCCAGAAGCCGAGUGCCGCAGUCCUGAGUGCUGCUCCCGAGGAGUUGGGGUGUGAAUGGACAGUGCUGCCACCCCUGAGAGAUGAGACAAAGGACCCUGCACCCCAACAGCUCAGCGAGCUCCAAAGAUGAGAGUGCUGCACACCGAGCUCUGUGCUGUGUCUCCAGAGUGAUCUUCGCUCCUGUGAAGCUCACCUCGCUGCUGGUCACGAGUUUUGCUUUUGGGAUUUAGACCACCUCUCUUCCCCCCCGUUUUACACCAAGACUGUUACUAGGACUGUUAGCGGAAUGAGCAAAGCCCAUCCUCGCAGGGUUUAACUGUGCACCGAUAGCACCUUUUGCCCAGAAUGCCUUACCAGUGCCACCCAGCACGCGUGUCCCACUGUGCGACCCGGCCUGCCGGUUCCGCCGGCCUGCGCACCGCCCCGGCCUCCCGAGCUGACUUUUAGGGACAUUUCCGCACGUAGCAUCUGAUCCGAGGAGUCGGACACCGCCUGGCCGCGGGCCCGGAGCUCUGCCCCUGGACGUGCGGGCCGAUGCCGCCGCGCGGAGCCGCCUGAGCGAUGGCGCAGGGCGGGCGGGCGGGCGCUCCUCCCGUGCGCCUCUGGGUGCGCCGCGUGGGGGUUUACUGCGAUGAGCACCGCAAAACCUGGCUCGUGGCUGCGGAAGAGGAGGAAGGUAUGCUGAGGGCUCGGAUCCAAAGAGUUCAGGUUCCCCUGGGUGAGGCGCUGCGACCCAGCCAGCUCCCCCCAUCCCGGCUGCCUCACAUGUGGCAGCUGUCCCAGGGUGAGCAGUACAGGGAUAGUAACUCUCGCGUUUGGGAGAUAGAGCACCAUCUCAUGCUUGAUGGUGUUGAAGAACUGCUGCUUAAACUCGUGCCUGGGGAUUAAUCUGGAGCAGUGGCUCUAGGAAGAUGCCAUUGUCUGUUUUGUACAAUAAAAGGUUCUCUCUCCACUGAAAUGCAGCCACCUUUGAGGUGGAAGCAGUUAAGCAACACACAGCAGCAUCACACAAGAGUUUAGGACAGGCAGUGAAGAGGAGUGUUGUGACCAAGUGAAACAUCAGGGGGAGUUCUAGCUCCUGAACAUGUCUCGGAAGGAUCCCUGCCAGAAACAAGCCUGUGAAAUACAGAAAUGCUUGCAAGCAAACAACUACGUGGAGUCCAAGUGUGAAGCUGCGCUGCAGGAGAUGCGGAAAUGCUGCGCUCGCUACCCCAAGGGCAGGUCCAUCUGCUGCUCAGGGUUUGAGAGAGAAGAAAGGGAGAGAGAAAAGGCUAAGGUGACUUCAGAAGGAAUUUCCCCACCACCUCAGUAACACAAUGCAGCUCCAGCAGGUGCUGGAGCAUGGACUCACUUGAAGAGCUCGUGUGUGUUUUUUCAAGCCUUCUUUAGACUUUCAGAAAAGCCAGAUUGCUCCUGGAACACACCGUUCAGCACACCAAAAAGCAUUACACAGUACCAACAUAUGGCCUGGUCAACAGACUUUAUUUUCUGUACGAAAACAUAAUCUAUGUUGCCUCUGCAUCACACCUGUGAAAUGUCAACUUGAUGUUUUUAGGAUGCUUACCUUACUCUAAUCCAUCCUUGCUCUAAAAAUGGAGAAUUGGAACCGAGUUAUUCUGGCUUCUGGAGUGAGAGGUACAGGAAAUGAGCUCAGAAGAGUGAGUUUAAACAUGAAACAAACCCAUCUUGAUACAACAAAGGUAUUGAUUGCUGCCACCAUGCAGUAGUUCCAGACAUUUGCCUGUCCAGUGGUUCAAGCUCAAGAAUGGGCAUCAGGUCUGAUGAUUGUUCCUAAGUCUUGUAUAGAUCAUGAGUGACUACAAGUCACUUUGCCUAAGUGCCUCACUUUUCCACUGGACAGAGUUGUUUAUUUUAUAUUUGAAUUGCCUACACGCUGCUAUUUGCAUGAUAAAGAUGUUACAGGAAUAUAAUUUCAGGGAUUGCUACAGGGAUAGGAUAUUUUUUUAAAAAAGCAAUAUUCAUUUGAAAGAUUUGACUGUUGAUACAAAAUUUAUAAAUUUAUGUCUAAUUGAACACCUUUAAGCAAUAUGCUUUGAAUCCAAGUCUAGUUAAAACUGCUGAUACCCAAAGGCCUGUCACAGAGCCCUGGGCUAGAUCCAAGAACUGACUUAGGUGCUGCUUACUGAACAAGCAGUUGUAGGCAGUUAUUUUCCACACAACAUUCCAGACUCACUCCCAAGCCGGCUGUGUCUGGACCCCAGGAGAGAUGGCUUUCCAGAAGCUCUUGGCCACGCAGCAGAAUUUCCUGUGACCUGUAGGAAGAGCUCAUAGACAGGUUCCUGCACCACCCCUAAGCUGCCUGUCUCGCUGUCCCCUCUAGCAGGAGUCCAGGCACCCAAAGAUCAGGCUCCCAGCCCACUAGCCCUAACUCUGUAUUAGAUCUAGCCGUAAAGGACUUUUGUGCUGUGAUCAAGUACAACUUAUGAAAUAGAGCUUCUAUAAACCACUGAGGUCUAGGCACAAUAGUUGUGUGUACUGAAGCCUAGAAGAGCAAACCAUCUGUAUUCACUGCUCUGAAAUACCAUGGUACAAAAUAAACGACUGGAACAA